AUGCCUGAUAUGCCCACCAAAAUGCGAAGACAGCGAGUGGUGCUCUUAUUCCUGGUCUAUAUGUCAUCUACCAGCGCCUUUCAAGUAACCCCUCUCUCUACCAUAGACUUGUCGUCCCUGCUCUCGCGGCGGGACGAUCUCUCAUGCAAAGCCGUCGAUUCUCGGCUACCCGACAGUUUCAAGUGUUCAGAAGGCUUCAAUUGUCUUUCACUUGAUAACGGCUCCUCGGCUCUAUGCUGUCCAGAAGGAAAUACCUGCAACAAUAUCUCGCCGAUCCCUUGCGAUGUCCAAGCGCAGAACGUAACACGCAACGGAAACACCAGCAUAUUUACAACCAGACUGGGGGAUAAAUUGCCGACCUGCGGAGAUAGCUGCUGUCCUUUUGGCUAUGCUUGUAUUGACGCUCCUAGAAACCAGCCAAAUUCAAGUCCAGUCUGCAGUUUACUUACAGGCUCCAGUAAGUCUGGAACUUCAGAUACAUCUCCUUCUUCCCCCAGUUCUCCAAGUGGUACAAGCACGUCAUCCACGCAAAGUUCGGGCCCUUCUUCUCAAACCUCCACGUCGAAGACCCCAACUUCAAGUUCAAGUUCAGCUUCCACCGCCACCUCUGGGGCAAUCACUAACUCAGCACAACUGGAAAACACCUGCAACAAAUUUCCUCCCACCGUCUUCCUGGCAGGUUUAUUCCCCGGUAUGUUUAUUGGAGCAUUCAUGAUGCUUGCCUGGGUGAUUUGCUCUGGCCGUCAUCGAAAACCGGCUGGGAGGAGUUCUGCCGGUUCAUCAUUUUACAAACCUCCAAUUUCCGAUCCUAUACCUCUACAUCCAGGAGGUCUUAGGACCGAUUUCCUACGCCGAACCACAGGGCGUGCCAGGUCGAUGUUCUCCGCUAAGAGCGGACAAAGUCCCAUCGUCGGCACACGAGACAACUGGAAGAUGCCCACUCCUCCGGUGGUCAACAACAUCCCCCUAGUCCCUAGUGGCAUUCCUGUAACACCGGACCGCCGCGUUCCCCGCGAAUCCGGCACUGAGACCAUCAAUGUGUACACACCACCUAGCGGUCCAAACGUCCAACCUGGAAUGCCGACGUACCCACCCAACAUCGCGCCCCUUCGCGGGAUGAACGCUCAACGGUACAUGGAUCAAGGCAGCAAUAGCAAUACGCACAAUAGCAAUGCAAUGGGUAGCCCAUUCGAGACACCCCCGAACACCAAAACAGCCGCUAACCACAAGCACAGCAGCUUCCGAGUUAGCAACCCCCACCACCCUACGGACGAGAGGACGGUGAGCAGCUGCUCUGUCGUGUCGUCUCUACACGAUCACGAAGUGCUAACACCCGCACGAUACGACGGCGGUGGCGGUGGUGGUGGCGGCGCCGACUACACUGUCACGAAACGCAUGCGGUCUACAAGCGCUGGGGAGAGGGGCCGGCCCACCACCGGCUUCACGGAGAUGCUGCAUGACGUCGGUUUCCCCGACACGUAUCAAACGACGCCUGAAGUACCUAAGAUCCCUAACGGAUAUAGAUCCAGGCGAUGA